GCUGCCACCCGCCAGCCCGGGAAAGUGGGUUACAGAGGGAAGGAGCUCAACUCAGACAGACACUGGCAAAGGAGCAUCCAGCCCCGAAUAGACUGGAGAACACCCUCCGUUGGCAGCCUUCUCUUCAUCUUUUUCUAGAGGGUUUUAUAUUUGUACUCUCUCUCUUUUGAAAUUGUGUUCCUUUGACUUUCACCCCCUUUGCUUGGGUUUUAUGAGUGCUUUGUUAAGUCUUAGAGGGAAAAGAGACUGAGCGAGGGAGAGGGACAGAGAGAGGCAAAGUGGAAAGGACCACAAACUGGCUGAGCCGUUCUGCCUUUGCUGUUGAUGAAAGCCCUCCGUUGGUGAAGCCCCCUCGGCUCAGCAGCGCGCACACCCUCCAGAGUCCAGGACCCUCACCUCGCGUGGCCACCAUGGUCGGCAGAGUUCAGCCUGAUCGGAAACAGUUGCCGCUGGUCCUACUGAGAUUGCUCUGCCUUCUUCCCACAGGACUGCCUGUUCGCAGCGUGGAUUUUAAUCGAGGCACGGACAACAUCACCGUGAGGCAGGGGGACACGGCCAUCCUCAGGUGCAUUGUAGAAGACAAGAACUCAAAAGUGGCCUGGCUGAACCGUUCUGGCAUCAUUUUUGCUGGGCAUGACAAGUGGUCUCUGGACCCCCGGGUGGAGCUGGAGAAACGCCAUUCUCUGGAAUACAGUCUUCGAAUCCAGAAGGUGGAUGUCUAUGAUGAGGGUUCCUACACUUGCUCGGUUCAGACACAGCAUGAGCCCAAGACCUCCCAAGUUUACUUGAUUGUGCAAGUUCCACCAAAGAUCUCCAACAUCUCCUCGGAUGUCACUGUGAAUGAGGGCAGCAAUGUGACCCUGGUCUGCAUGGCCAAUGGCCGUCCUGAACCUGUUAUCACCUGGAGACACCUUACACCAACUGGAAGAGAAUUUGAAGGAGAAGAAGAAUAUCUGGAGAUCCUCGGCAUCACCAGGGAGCAGUCAGGCAAAUAUGAGUGCAAAGCAGCCAAUGAGGUCUCCUCGGCGGAUGUCAAACAAGUCAAGGUCACUGUGAACUAUCCUCCCACUAUCACGGAAUCCAAGAGCAACGAAGCCACCACAGGGCGACAAGCUUCACUCAAAUGUGAGGCCUCCGCGGUGCCUGCCCCUGACUUUGAGUGGUACCGGGAUGACACUAGGAUAAACAGUGCCAAUGGCCUUGAGAUUAAGAGCACGGAGGGCCAGUCCUCCCUGACAGUGACCAACGUCACUGAGGAGCACUAUGGAAACUAUACCUGCGUGGCUGCCAACAAGCUGGGGGUCACCAAUGCCAGCCUAGUCCUUUUCAGACCUGGGUCGGCGAGAGGAAUAAAUGGAUCCAUCAGUCUGGCCGUACCACUGUGGCUGCUGGCAGCAUCUCUGCUCUGCCUUCUCAGCAAAUGUUAAUAGAAUAAAAAUUU